UAUCAAUAUUUCCUUUCUCUCAUCUCUUCACUACACUUUCUCUCUCUAACUAUUCUCCCUUUCUCUCCCUCUCUCACUCACUCCAAUUCACAUGAAUCGUUCCUUCAGAUUAUUAGGCGGCGUGAACUCGUCGUCGUCUCCGACACCGUCGCCGCCUGAGCCCACGGUGGAUUCCGACUUCGUAGUAAUUCUCGCCGCCCUUCUCUGUGCUCUCAUCUGCGUCCUCGGUCUGGUGGCCGUGGCUCGAUGCGCCUGGCUCCGUCGCCUCUCUACCGGAAGCAGUGGUGGUACUGGAGGAGGAGCUGGCACGAACCGUCCUACACCUCAGCCACCGAACAAAGGCCUCAAGAAGAAGAUCCUUCGCUCUCUUCCGAAGAUCGCUUUUACUCCCGAAUUAGCUUCCAAGUUCACCGACUGUGCGAUCUGCCUCGCCGAGUUCGCCGCCGGAGACGAGAUCCGUGAGCUCCCGCAGUGCGGCCACGCCUUCCAUGUCGCCUGCAUCGAUACCUGGCUCGGAUCGCACUCCUCCUGCCCUUCCUGCCGUCAGAUUUUGGUCGUCGCUAGGUGUCAAAAGUGCGGUGGUUUCCCGGCGUCGUCGAGCUCUUCAAGCUCCGAUGCCGAAGCCAGAUUGAAGGAGAGAGAGGACUCCAUUAAUAGGUUCUUGCCUUAGCCUUAGCCUUAACUUUCAACUACUCUCUCUCUCUCUCUCUCUCUAUAUAUAUAUAUAUAAAUCUCUCUACUUCCACUUUCUUCCCUAAGUUAUUACUAUAGCUACUAGUACUGUUAUUAUAAUUAUUAUAAUUUAGAUCUUAACUCGAUCUUAUUUAUUUUCAUAUAUAGAUCUAGUUCAUGAAAAAUAUAUAUAUAUAUCUCUAUAGGAUUUCAAGGAUAGCAGAUGGAAUGAUUCUGUUGCCAUUGCUAUCUAUGAUUAUCUGUAAUUGCGUUUAUAAUUAUGCUUGUAUAUAGUUGUUUAAAUUUAUUAUUAUUAUUAUUAUUAUCUAA